UACACAUACAUUUUGUGACCGCUCCAUUUUUUGCUAUUUUUAAUUUUUAUUUUAAAGUGUUUAUAUUUUUACUACAACAAGCAUAUAUUUAUUAUAAAUUUAUUUUAUAUAUCGUUUAAAUACAUUCUUGACAUCAUGUUUAAAUGCAGAAUGUGCCUAGCUACGUUUACAAGCAAGAAACAACUGGUCAGACAUGAAAAUGGUUACAAUGGAAACAGUUUUCCGUGGGAAAUAAGUAAUUGUACCUUCAGCAAUAAAACUCAUCAAAACAAGCAUAUGAAAAACGUUCAUGAAGUUGAUUGCAUUCAACCCGUUCAGUCUAACCGUAAUGAUAUUUUAAAGACUGCUCCGCAAGUAUUUGUACCAGACGCGCAAGCAGGGCCGUCAAACCAGCGCCAAAAUGCAAUUAUAUCAAACACACAAGACGUUAAGUUUAACGGUUAUUGGAAUGACGACAAUGACAAUAUGUGCUUAGAAGUAUUGGAAACUAUGGAAAAUUCUGGGCUAUGCGAUGUACAAGGUAUCAAGUAUGAUCACGUUGAAAAUACUGAAACAACUAUAAAUUCCGAAAAGGCACAUUGUUUGAAUAUGGUAAAGCCACAGAGGUUCGUCGAAAUCAAUUCGUCCUUUAAAAGACUAAUUGUUCAUUAUUUUGCAAAAAAUAUAAAUAAUAUUCAAUACUACGACAUAUUUUUCGCGUCAAUCAAAUCUGAUUUUAUCAAAUUAUUACAAUUAUCGGUAGAAAAAACCCCGAUUAAAUUUGAUUUAGAACUAAAGGCGACCUAUUAUAGACCUCACGUCGAAAACUCGUUCGAUGAUAGAACGUUUAAGACAUCAGCCGUAGCAGUUUACUUAGCUUCGGAUCUAGACGAGAUAGUGGAAAACUCAUUCUCAACAUUGAUGUCAGAAGAAGACACAUCAUAUAUGGAUAGAAGGGGUGGUUUUACUCUUUCAAGCAUUGAUGGAAUUGUAUUGGGGAUGUAUAGUUAUUCGCCGUUAUCGGUAGGUGGACCACACACCCCACUCCCCAAGUGUAAGGAUAAUACAAAUGACGAUGAUAACGAAGAGAAUGACGAUGAUAACGAAGAUAAUGACGAUGAUAGCGAAGAUAAUGACGAUGAUAGCGAAGAUAAUGACGAUUAUAGCGAAGAUAAUGACGAUGAUAGCGAAGACAAUGACGAUGAUAGCGAAGAUAAUAACGAUGAUAAUUAAUUAUUUUAGUACAAACGAUCAGCAAAACAACAAAAAUCAAAAUUUUAAUUCCGUAAAUAUAUUAUUUUUGGAAAUUAGCUCGUUAUAUUUACCAUUACUGAUAGUCUAUACUAAGAAGGUUACAUCAAACCUGUAAAAUUCCGCUAAGCCUAAUAGGAUAGAAGAUGAAAUAUCAGCAUAUUAUAUUUAUCAUCAUUCAUUAACCAUUAGACACGCACAUACAUACACCCAAUAAUAAUUAAUUUCAAUAUUUGUAAAUUUUCCGUCUGUUUCUUAUUUCACACGGAUGCUUAUUUUACACCCUUAUAGUAAUUAUUAAUUUCAAAUGUAAAUACAACUGCAAUAGCCACUUUAAAAUGUAUACGAUAAAUAAAUAAAUACAAUAAAUACUUGUGUAAAACUCAGUAACACUAAUUUAUUUUUUAAUACUUGUUCUAUACUUUUGUUUUUAUUAUGGUAAGUCGAAUAUAGCUUAUCUACUUUAAGUAUUUUUACUUUGUUGUAUACACGUAAUUUGCGAAUACUAUUUAUGUAUUAUUCGAAUUUUUGGUAUCAGUUCUUUCUAAAUCGAAUGUUUUAUAUCGACUUUACUAAUAAAUACUCAGCAUUAACGAGAUGUUGAUUUAAUAUA